AUGGCGCCCACGAAGCAACCGGACCAUCGGACCGACCGACAUCCGUUUCUUCUAUCGGUUGAAGAUGUCGCAAACCAAUUGGGAGUCUCCAUAGAGACGGGCCUCACUGCCCGCAAGGUAGCGGAACUUCAACAAACAUGCCCUCCAAACGAGCUGGUCGGCGGCGGGGGGAUCGCCUGGUACAAGAUUUUGAUCAAACAAAUCAGUAAUGCCAUGAUUCUGGUCCUCUUUUUUGCCAUGGCUCUAAGUUUCGGAGUUGGCGAUAUGGUUGAGGGUGGAGUCCUGGCGGCUGUUAUUGUCCUCAAUUGCUCAAUUGGGUUCUACCAAGAGUUUCAAGCAGAGCAGAAGAUGGAAUCUCUUCGAGCUCUCUCAUCACCCAGUGCGGCAGUCUUGCGAGACGGCAAAGUCGAUGUAAUCCCAAGUGCAGAAGUUGUCCCCGGGGAUAUCGUAAUCUUAAAGACUGGUGAUACAGUCCCGGCAGACUUACGACUAUUCGAAACGAUGAACCUUUACUGCGACGAAAAGUCAUUAACAGGAGAGGCCGAACCCGUCGAAAAGACGACCGAGAGCAACAUCAUCAUCCCAGGAACAGAGAAACUCGCCACGGAAGAAGGGGAAGUUGGUAUCGGUGAUAGAUUCAACAUGGCGUACUCGACAACAACCGUUACGAAGGGUCGUGGUCGAGGAAUUGUCAGUUCUACUGGAAUGGCAACAGAGGUUGGCAAGAUUGCAGCAUCGACAACUCGUAAGCAACGAAAAGCAGGCCGCUCGAUGAACUACAAGAAGUAUGGGAAAUCGCAGCCCAUCAAAGGCCUUUCACGACGGAUCUACGACUUUGUCGGCAAAUUCUUGGGCCUGACCGAAGGCACACCCUUGCAGCGCAAACUUUCCAAGCUUGCUUAUAUUUUGUUGGGUUGUGCUAUUUUGCUGGCCAUCGUUGUAUUUGGAGUGAACAAGUUCCAUGUCACUGAUGAGGUAGCCAUUUAUGCGAUCUCAACUGGCAUUGCGAUUAUCCCCGAAUCCUUGAUUGCUGUCUUGACUAUUACUAUGGUUGUAGGAAUGACAGUAAUGCGAAAAGCUAACGUGGUCGUUCGAGAUCUAUCGGCGCUCGAGGCACUUGGAGGCGUGACCAACAUCUGCUCAGACAAAACCGGUACCCUCACUCAAGGUGCCAUGAUCGUUAAGAAGGUCUGGCUGCCAAAAGUGGGCAUUUACACAGUUAACAAUUCAAUGGACCCGAAUGAUCCCACUCAGGGAACUGUCAGUAAAGCUCGCGAUUCAGCACCUAUGCCUGCCAAAACAGAAGAAACAAUCGACUACGACCAGCAACGCAGUGCAGUAGCAUUGAAAUUCGAUAUCCCUGCCGAAAAGGCUCUAAAAGAUCAACAAUCUGGAACGCAAACUUCCACCGAGGAGGAUGCGGUACUCGGACCAAACCUCGAACCGUUCCUGGAAGCAGUCGCCUUGUGCAACUUAGCCACCGUGAAGCUUGAGCACGUUGAGGGAGGAGACGAAAAGAAAUGGCAAACAACUGGAGAACCAACAGAAAUUGCUCUGCAAGUAUUCGCUCAUCGGUUUGCUCGUGGCAAGAAACAAUUCCUAGCACAGGGCUGGAAGCAAGUCGCAGAGUUCCCAUUUGACAGCAGUAUCAAACGUAUGUCCGUCGUCUACCAUCCACCAGGAGGCAAGCCUAGCAUGGUAUUCACAAAAGGAGCCGUUGAGCGUAUCCUCGAUUUCUGCACAACGAUUGGGACGGGAUCAAACAACGAACCAAUCAACGACGAGUUAAAGAAGCACAUCAUGGAUCAAAUGGACGUACUUGCAGGACAGGGACAGCGAGUCCUCGCCGUAGCUGCAAAAGUAUGGGACGGUAUCUUUCAUCUUGAAAAAGGAAAGGGUAGCGAUGAUGAGUUGAGAGCUGAAGUCGAGCAAGAUCUGACUUUUGUUGGAUUGGUUGGGAUCUAUGAUCCUCCUCGUGAUGAGACUAAAGGAUCGAUUCGUGAAUGCUCUGAAGCAGGUAUCAAGGUGCACAUGCUUACAGGAGACCAUCCAGCAACGGCCACUGCCAUUGCGAAGGAGAUUGGAAUCAUUCCACGCAACAUGGGACAACUCUCCCCCGAUGUGGCAAACGCAAUCGUGCAAAAAGCAACAGACUUCGACAAAAUGACCGAGGCUGAAAUCGACGCACUUCCGGAACUUCCUUUGGUAAUUGCUCGUUGUGCUCCGGACACAAAAACCAGAAUGAUUGAAGCACUUCGCCGUCGAGGUAAAUUCAUGGCCAUGACUGGAGACGGAGUCAACGACGCGCCAAGUUUGAGUUCAGCAGAUGUCGGGAUAGCAAUGGGGCUGGCCGGAUCGGACGUUGCGAAAGGUGCCGCGAAAAUCGUCCUUACAGACGAUAAGUUCGAUAGUAUCGUGGCUGCAAUCCGAGAAGGCCGGAGAAUGUUCAGCAACAUCCAAAAAUUCAUCCUUCAUCUUCUUUCCAGUAACGUUGGCGAAGUCAUUCUGUUGAUUGCCGGCCUGGGAUUUCAAGACGGCACCGGCUUUUCUGUCUUCCCAUUGAGUCCGCUACAAAUUCUCUGGAUCAACAUGAUUACAUCCUCAUUUCCAGCUUUCGGACUAGGCAAAGAGAAAGCAAGUUUCGAUAUCAUGAGGCGGCCACCACACAAUAUCAAAUGGGGAGUGUUUACUCCACAGAUCAUGGUUGACAUGAUGGUGUAUGGUGUUAUCAUGGGAACAAUCACCCUUCUCACGUUCGUGAUCAUCAUUUAUGGUGUGAAUGACGGGAAUCUCGGUCAUGAUUGCAACCGCUUCUACAGCGAUGACUGCAAACCUGUAUUCCGCGCCCGCGCAACCGUCUUCGCUGAGCUAACAUGGCUGAUUUUGAUCUCUGCUUGGGAGUACAAAUCUAUUCGGCGCAGCAUGUUUAGCCUGGAUCCUAAUUCUGAAAGCCGUUUCCCCUUGUUUAAAGACGUUUAUGAAAAUAAAUUCCUUUUCUGGGCAGUGGUCAUCGGCGCGCUAUCGGUUUUCCCCGCUGUUUAUAUUCCAGGUCUCAACACUGUCGUCUUCAAGCACAUUGGUAUCACCUGGGAGUGGGGGCUCGCCUUUGGAGCUGUCAUACUAUUCGUCUUUGGUAUCGAAGUCUGGAAAUACAUCAAGCGGACAUAUCAUCUGUUUGAGGAAGGCGAGGAGGAUGUAAACACCGACCGGAGAAAGUUGAGAUUACGACAAGGCUUUUUCACCAUGGCCAAGUCGAGGACAUCAUCUAUCGGGUCAAUGAGCCGGAGGAACACAGAAAGGAGUGCAGAUGGGAAUUCGAUCCACGAGAAGGUCGCUGACAUUGGCAGAAUGGGUUCUACACCAACAACGAGAUCGCUUUUGAAUAAACAGGAGACUCGUACUGACAGGAGCGCCGAUGAGCAAGUUUAG